CCUCAGGGCCUUCAGUCGUGCCAGGACCUUCGCCAGUGCCGCAGUGGAUGAGAUAAUCCUUCUGGCCCUCCUAAGCGACAAGGUUAAGGAUAAGAAUAACAAGUGAAAAUACCUUGUCAUCGUACAACAAGGCAGUUCGCUGAUAUCUAAAGUACCGUUUUUUUGUCAUAAUGAGGCCUUUAUCCCUUCUGGCAUAUUUGGUGUUAAUGCUGACCAUGGCGUCCGGUACCCGGGGACAAGCGUGUCCCAUGGGAACUUUGAGCGAUCAGUGUCGGUGCGAACACGCUAACCCUGGCACUUUCAGGAUCACCUGUUCUUGUAAAACCGGACAGGAUCUGGUCAUCUCCGACCGCUCGACCAUCGGCCUGGCCUCCACCGUCAUCGGCUUCCAUAUCGAGAACUGUAACAGCUCCGUCAUCGUGAAGUCGCACUCGUUCGACAACCUCUUCAACCUGGAGAGAAUAAGUUUCCGCAACAUCUUCCACCUGAAGCUAGAGAGCCGCAGCUUGGACCUCGAGAACUACAACCCUAAGGACUUCCAGCUGAGCAUCGACUCGGUCCUGAACCUAUCGCUCCAGAAGGAAGCCGUCCAGCUAGAGGGGCACGGGGGCUCGCGCAUGGGCACCGGCGUCACCAUCAAGAAUUCCUUCGUCAUCGAGAUGGCGCCAGCAUCCAUCACGGGGUCACUGAAGGAGCUGAAUUUCGAGAACCUCAUCUUCGGCCCGCUGGUGCAAACCGAGACCGUCGACGUCGGUUCCAGAGGGUGUGCAGUGAGCCUCGCGAACUGCGACGUCUCCAACUACGGCCUCAAUUCCGCCUGGCUCACCGGCCACGUGACCCACCUGUCGCUUGUGAACAACACCCUGACUCUGUUCCCCGACGCCUUCUCCGGCAUAACGAUGGUCGGGAGCAAACCAAGCCUUACCUUGAAGAACAACGUCCUAGGCCAGCUCGGCAACCAGACCGCCCCCUCCCUUCUCUCGGGCUUACUAAACCUCAACACCUCCGGCGCCGCGGUGGAGGUCGAGGCCACGAACAACCACGUGGCGUGCGGUUGCGAUGACCUCGUCUGGCUCCUGGAGGAGCCGUCGACGCACCUCAAGUGGCAGGUCAGGUUGUCCCUGGUGUGCCCCAACGGCCUGAUAAAAGAGGCCAUUGAUAAGUGCAGACCAGGCGGCACAAGUUCGAGCUCAGUGUCUGUGGCAUCCAAGACCCUUGGACUGACAUUGAUUUUGCUUCUGGUUCUAAAAUGUGUGUAUUAAUCCCUUUUCUGGUUUUGAGGAUAUCAUUAUAUUAAUGAUAUCGUUAUGUACAGUCUAUUUCUUACUUUUAAUGUCUGUGUCAUUAAUAAUGUAUCAAUGACGAUAAGAAUAUAAUUAUAUUUUAUGUCACUGCUUCAUAUUUAUAACUAGUUACUCAUAAGAAUAUCCACUUUCAUUAUCAUGUUUUGUCAUCCCCUUCACAACUUCUUUGACUGAAAUAACGACAAUUGCCCUUGUUAUAGGAAGCGUAAUUUUAACGUCAUGAAAAUAAUGGAGUACAAUGUUUUACGCUGAUUCAUCAAUUACAUGAACUGUACUUUUGUGUCGGAGGAAAUGGAAAUCUUGUGUAAAUAAAAGGGUAUUUUUUUCCUG